UAAACUACUAGGACACCAGUUUUUUUUCUUUUAAAUUGAUGAAAUAGAGACAUCAACAUCCCCUGCAGGCAUCCUGAGGGCAUUUCUAAAGCAUAGUUGUAAUGGGAGACAUACGUCCAUCAAGUCCUCUCUGUUAAUUUAUUGUUCUUGUUGGUUUUUCAUUUUUUUAAAGGUUGAGUCAGUGAUUCAUUUGAAGUAGCAAUGUUGGGUUUUGGGAUGUCAAAGGGUGUUCCUAGCAGGACUUGCAUCAGUUUUCAGUAUUAAAGGCUUCCUGUGAUGUCAAGGCUAUCAAAGGAGUAUCCCUUUUGCAAUGAAGCCUCUUCAUCACAGGAAGGCCUAGAAAAAGAAGCUCUUACUGCAGCCUCCAACAGAACGUUGAAAGUUGCAGUACAGCUUGAAAGUUCAUCAGAAAGCAGGCCAAUUUCAAAGGAAAAGGACAAAAGGCCAUUACCCCUUUUUAAUAACCAGCCUUCAAAACGACCUAGGGGAGAAUUGAUUGAUCAUGGAGUUGUAAUUAAAGAAGGCAAACCCAGUGACAUUGAACUAGAUGAGCUCGCCGGAAACAUUGGUGCAAAGUGGGAGACGCUGGGAAUUCAUCUUGGCAUUGGUCAGAAUGUACUGGAAGGAAUAAAUGCUAAUGCAAAAGAUAAACCACAUCAGAUGUUACUUCGCUGGAUAAACACAACAACAUCAGCUUCACCUUAUCGCGAACUCUACCAUGCGUUAUGUCAUGACAGAGUUGGCCUGAAUAACAUGGCAAGAGAAUUUUGCUGUCCCUCUGGUUAUGGCAGACCAUCUUCACUGGUGGAGUGCAAUCAGUUGCCAGUUGCCCCAGUCACUACGUCUUCUACUCUGACAUAUCAGAAGAGCCACCCUCAAAGUAAGUAUGGGACUGGUCAAAAAGUAUUGUGGGGGUGGACAGGAGCAGGGAGGGGAUGGGUCUUCAGUUUUUCAGCCCUUGGUAAGGGGGUGGGUCAUCCUGUUUUAUAACAGGAUUUGGCACACAUUUGGCAAAAUCGAUAGAAGAGGUAUUUUCUUCCAGUUCUGUGACUGGUGUACAAUAGGGAUGGCAAUUUCUUGUAUUGUAAAAUCUGUACAAAAGCUAUAAAGAAGUCUAAUGGAAGCCUUAGAGCAGAAAUUUUCAAAAUACUGGACUGUUCAAGAACACCAAAUGGCCAGCUUGUGU